CCUAUAUAAACCCUGAAAACUCCGAGGUUAUCAAACCCAGAUCUAGACACAGAUAAUAUCCCCUAUUGUCAUAAGUUUCUCAUUUUCAAUAUGUCAUCAACCGAAGCUGUCGAAGGACUUUACAGGUCUCAACGUCUACUCUACCGAGCCGCAGAGGAUUCCAACGAGGACAAAGCAUUUAUGCAAAAUCAAAUCCUCAACGACUCCCUCCUCCAAUCAAUGAGCACUCUACGCCUCAAAAAACCUUGUCCCAAAAGGCCAGCAGAGGAAUUUAUCAAAAACCUCCAAGACGCCAUACUCGGCGUGAUUAUCUGCCUUCCUCCCAAAACAUCUUCUGGGGAAGAAAAUGCCCAACCUGCAGUGGAUGCCAAGCCCGUACCAAUUGGCUACUUGAGCAUCUCCAGCCUCUAUGGCUCAAGCUCGAGUCAUCACCGCAGCGCAAUGGUAGGCAUAUCACUUGCAGACGGGUUUCGCGGCCAGGGAUAUGGCGGAGAAGCCAUGAACUGGGCGUUGGACUGGGCGUUUCAGCAUGCAGGUUUGCACAGGGUUCAUCUAGGCACGUUCUCGUACAAUCACAAUGCGAUUAGAAUGUACCGCAAGGUUGGGUUUGUGGAAGAGGGUCGUGAGCGCGAGGCUGUAUACCAUCUUCGCGGUUGGCAUGAUAUUGUUAACUUCUCCAUGUUGGAACAUGAGUGGGAAAAGUUGAGAGGAAUCGGACAGGCCCGGGAGAAAUGAAAAUAUAGAGCUCGUUACAGUGAUGAAUUUACGCCCAAUGCGUGCAGGUUAUUCAUGUAUAUAAUCAAAUGUAGUCAAAAAAGAAAUAGAUGCACAGCCAAUUCGCGCUCCGUCUUCUACUCGUCUGGGAGCGAAGGGAGCAGCAUCUUCGCUAAUGACAGGAGGUUUUCCACUUCUUUUCUCCUCUAACAAAGUGAUAUUGUCUGCAAGCUCCCCCCGACUUGAUCCUCCACUGCAAAAAUGGCUCCGACCCUGUCGGCUUUAAACCUUGAAACUCGCCCUGAUCGCCACUGCUUCUGGCUGCCACCGGGUUACUACAGUACAAUUUUGUUGUAGGC